AAGGUGUGUGGGGGGGCGGGGGGGUGGACUUGAAAGAGGAGCAGUACUUAACGAAGAGGGAAGAGCAGCAGUUGAAGUGCCAUUCAGAGGAGCACUGCCGGAACAAAGGCCUGGGAAACUGAGAUCUGGGAAAACUGCAAAGUCGUCCAAAAAUGCCGGAGCACAAAAAGCUGUGCAAGACGAGGCCGGAGCAAGCGGUAAAGUCGGUGCCCUGCCACGCAGGAGUCUCACAGGGUGGUUUCAGUAUUUAGAUUUUCAAAGAUGUGCUCUGCGAUUAGAUGAGCUCUUAGCUAUUUGAUAGGCAGAUACGUUUUUGCUUGUGUUUUUCUGGCCAGCAGGAGGAGGUAUGUUUUUGUUUGUUUGGGGCUUUUCUUUUUCUUUUUUUUGGAUGCAUUUAGCCCGCGUGUGCAUUAUCGGAUUAGUCAGAGGCCAUCUAUUCCUGUUGGGAAAGAGGCGUGUUUACUUUUUUGACCCCUGGGGAAGGAGAGUUUGCAACCUUUUCUUGAUCGUUAUUGGAUUUUGUACUAAAAUAGCACCGAGGAGGCGGAGACUCGGGAGAGCCAGAAGAGAGGGAGGCUCCGAAAAACUACACGAACUGUGCGGGUGGAGUCGGCUCCGAGGAGCGUGGGGGAAGGGAAGGAGCGCGGCACCCCCCCAGCGACCCUCUGCGCAUGACCGCCUCUGGUUGCCAAGGCAGCGGGACGGAGUCGCCCGGAAGGGCUUCCCUUGAGGAACAGCCGGCUCCUAAAACUCAUCCCCGAGGGGCUCAGGACUGACCAGUUCCUGAGGCAGUCUUGACCACGGCAAAGCAGAUGAGGCUCAGACCCUGAUGCAGUGUGAUGGCCAUCCUCCUAGGAGUCGGAGGAUUCAGAGAAACAGGGAGAAUUGGCCCCAGCGGACACCGGGACUAUGGCAGACCUUUCUAAGGAGACCUUGGAGUCCUUGACUGAUGUGGUAAAGAGUUCCGGUUCAUUCAGUUCCUCUGGAGGGCUGCAGCCCUGGUCUUAUGCCUCUGGGAGCAAGUCUGAGAGUGGAUCGCUGCCUUCCCGCUCGGAAUAUGGAGACAACCAAUCUGAGCUUUCGGACUUCAAAGCUAAUGUAAAGAAAUUGAGCAGAAAAUGGAUCCACAACCUCAAGGGCAAGGAAACGAACUCUGAACAGUACCGACCGGACACUAACCAUCAAACAGAAAUCACUCAGGCAUCCCCUGAAGAACUGAAUGCCCUGCAGUCUUUCUGCACCGUUAAGGUAAACCUGAUCCACCAUAGAGCGAACUCCAAGGGGAAAAAGAGCAGCAGACAUAAAAAGCUGCAGCUUGGACCCGAGGCAGAAGCUUCAGAGGUAGAUGCCUUAAAGUGUACUGUCCCUGACGAGCUUUUGAAUAGAAUCUAUUUUAAAAACAUGAGGACAACACCCAAACAGGUGGGAACAGCCAAGCAACACAUUUCUUCUCGGUGUCCCGACUGUAUCAGAAAAAGGGCAGAAUUGGCCCAAUCUGCCUUCCUGAAACAGAAGAAGACUUUAUUGGAGUCACUUCUACUCCAAGAGAAAAUAGAUGAACAUCUUCAUACGAAAGACUUCCUUACCCUUGUCAGAGAAGCACACCAGAGCCUUCCCAGGCUUUCAGAUGACCCCAGAAGAAUCUGGGAAAGACUGAAUGAGAGAAAAGUAAAAUUGGAGACUCUGGUUUUUGAAAGGACCUGUGGUAUCCAUGCCUGGCAGUUCAAGGAGGCCUCAGCAACUGGAGUAAACGGGGAAUCUGCCACUCAGGUAACAGCUUCAACCAGCUUCAGUCUCUCUGUUCAAGUUUCAGAAACUGGUCCAGCUUAGAUCGGUUGUCUAUCCUGAGGAAGUGGCCAGAGGUCAGGGAUAAUUUGCACAGAUAUGGAGCAUCUACUUCAGGUCCACCACUGUGGUUGGGUCUCUUUUCAAAGAAGGGCAAUUGUUUGAGCUAGGAAUUCACAUGAUUGGUAUUUGCUACAGCACAUAUUCCUAUCGAUCCUAAACAAAUGAUUCUCUCCAAUUUAAAUAAGACUGAGAGUCAGUUGGGUUAUGGGUUCCCAGCUGGGCAGGGACUGGGGACUUAGCCAUGAGGGUGCCUGUCAGCUAAGAUCUGCCUCCUCAGCUAGGCCUGGGCCCUGGCGGGAGGACCCAAACUGGGUGCAUGACAAGCGCUUCAGGCAGUUAUUGGCCUGUGCAAGGAUCACCCUCCUCUUAGCCAAGCCUGGACCUCAGAGGGUGAAAGUUGAGCUUUGGGAUCUUGCCUUUUCUUGUCUGAACUGAGAAUAACAUUUAUUUUGGUGAAGGUUUAUGAGGAAUGAGCCAUGGACCAGACCUCAGGAACAAAGGAUCUGCCACUAACAAAUUUGUAACAACUAACACACCCUCCCUCACCUUUCCUAUUAAGGGGAUUUGUUGAAAGCUUUUGGGGCAUUAUGGGGUUCUUAAAGCAUGGCCUUACAGUAAACCGUUCUAUGCUCCAAACUCUUGAUGUUUUAAUAUCCUUUGGCCUUACUGUGUGUGGGCACAUGGACCUGCAUUCUAUAACAUUUCUACAGGCACUUUGGAAACAAGAGUUUACUAUUCUUCCCUCACAGAUUUAAGGACUAAAACUUUCCACCCAGUGUUUUUUCAUAUUAUAGAAGGCAACAUUUUAGUUGAAAGAGUUACAAAGUUUUUAUAACAAUCCAGGAGAGAGAUACUGGCAUUUUGGAUUAGGAUUUUGACUGUACAGGUAGAAAGAAAAACAGAAAUCUAACAAGGAUUUAGAAGGCAUUCUUUGGUGAAGAAAUGAAUAUAGGGGUUUAAUAAAAGGUAAAUGUUAAGAAUUGA